AUGGAGUAUAACAACAAGUUUAAAGGGGAUUCCACUCCAUUGUCAAGUCCCCAACAGCUUCAGAGACUAGUAGAAAAAUUAAUAUAUCUUACCAUUACCAGACCAAAUAUUUCCUAUAUUGUGAGUUAUAUAAGUCAAUUUUUGCAUGCUCCAACCAAUGGUCACAUGAACUUGGUUGACAGACUCCUCCGCUAUCUGAAGGAAAGUCCAGGAAAAGGGAUAUGGAUGAAAAAGAAUCAUAACACUAAUAUAGUUGCUUAUGCAGAUGCACAUUGGGCUGGAAACCCCAUUGAUAGAAGAUCAAUAUCUGGUUUUUGUACUUUUGUAGGUGGUAACAUAGUCAUAUGGAAAAGCAAGAAGCAAAGUGUUGUUGCAAGGUCUAGUGCUGAAGCAGAGUACAGAGCUAUGGCCUCGGCAACAAGUAAAAUCGUUUGGUUACGAGCCUUAAUGCAAGAUCUAACAAAUAAAGCUUAA